AUGCAGUGCCUGAACAUCAUCAUGGCAGAAUCGCUGGGCCUCUUCACCAUCUGCCUUUUGGGAUAUCUACUCAGUGCUGAAUGUACAGUUUUUCUAGACCAUGAAAAUGCCACCAAAAUUCUGAAACGGUCAAAGAGAUACAAUUCAGGUAAACUGGAAGAAUUUGUUCAAGGUAACCUUGAGAGAGAAUGUUGGGAAGAAAAGUGUAGUUUUGAAGAGGCACGGGAAGUUUUUGAAAACACUGAAAAAACUACUGAAUUUUGGAAGCAAUAUGUGGAUGGAGAUCAGUGUGAAUCCAGUCCAUGUCUAAAUGGUGGCCUAUGUAAGGAUGAUGUGAAUUCCUAUGUAUGUUGGUGUCAAGAAGGAUUUGAAGGAAGGAACUGUGAAUUAGAUGAAACAUGCAGCAUUAAGAAUGGAAAAUGCAAGCAGUUUUGCAAAGUGGGCACCAAUAAAAAGGUGGUUUGUUCCUGCACUACAGGAUACCGACUUGCAGAAGACCAAAAGUCCUGUGAACCAGCAGUGCCAUUUCCAUGUGGAAGAGUUUCUGUUCCCCAAAUUUCUGUGACGCAUACCCGGGCUGAAGAUGUUUUUUCCAGUUUUGAAUAUGAAAAUUCUACUGAAGAUGAAGAAACUUCAGAUAACGUCACUUUAAGCACCCAGCCAUUUAAAGACUUAGUGAGAGUUGUUGGUGGAGAAAACGCCAAACCAGGUCAAUUUCCUUGGCAGGUCCUUUUGAAUGGUAAAGUUGAUGCAUUCUGUGGAGGUUCCAUCAUUAAUGAAAAAUGGGUCGUGACUGCAGCACAUUGUAUCGAACCUGGUGUUAAAAUUACUGUGGUAGCAGGUGAACACAACACCAAGAGGAUAGAGCACACAGAGCAAACACGAAAAGUGAUUCGAGCUAUUCCUCACCACAGCUACAAUGCAACAUUUAAUAAGUACAGCCAUGACAUUGCUCUUCUGGAAUUGGACAAACCUUUAGUACUAAACAGCUAUGUAACACCCAUUUGCAUUGCUGACAAAGAGUAUACAAACAUCUUCCUCAAGUUUGGAUAUGGCUACGUGAGUGGUUGGGGAAAAGUCUUCUACAAAGGAAGAUCAGCUAGCGUUCUUCAAUAUCUUAAAGUCCCUCUUGUCGACCGUGCCACAUGCCUUCGCUCUACCAAGUUCACCAUCUAUAAUAACAUGUUCUGUGCUGGCUACCGUGAAGGAGGGAAAGAUUCUUGCCAAGGAGAUAGCGGGGGACCCCAUGUUACUGAAGUGGAAGGUGUCAAUUUCUUAACGGGAAUUAUUAGCUGGGGUGAAGAGUGUGCAGUGAAAGGGAAAUAUGGCAUAUAUACCAAGGUAUCCCGGUAUGUUAACUGGAUUAAGGAAAAAACAAAACUCACAUAAAGAAGAAAGUAUUUCUGUGGUUGACAUAUUUGACAUAGAAAACAGAUAAGGUCCCUAAGUAAUGAUAUUGAGAUCCCUUUAGAAUUGAAUUCAGACAUUCUAUGACUAAUGCUUUUUCUCUUUAUAGGGAGAAGUCUAUCUAGAAUCCUUCUAUAGUAGGAGAAGUAGAAUAAGAAAUGCAAUCACUAGUAAAACUGUGAUAGGAAAUCACAACUGUUCCUAUAGGUCUGGUUCUUGACAAAACCAGGAAGUUCUUUGUCUUGCCCAUCAGGGUGAUGUGUCUGCUCCACGUGGAAAUUCCCUAAUUCUAUACCCCUACAAAAAUCCUUUGUUUCAUAUAUUUCCUGACUCUGCCACCAAAACAUCAUCUGUAUCCAAGGUAUUGGAUCUAGUCCAUUGUAAGACUAGCAAUAGACUCCAAAAAAAACAUGAGCAGCUGACAGAUCAGAAUUCAUCAGAAAUAUUAAUACUUUUUGCUCUAACCUCAUUCCUUCAUCAUUUAGCUUUUUUUGUCUCUACCCCAAAAUCCAUUUCUCUCUUUCUGCCUCCCUCCCUUUCUCUAUUUUACAGCACAAGUAUCAAAGCAGGGAAA